AUGGCCUCCGCACAAGACACGCCCCACCCUUCGGCGGAGAGGAUCGGGCUCUCGGGCCCCGUCGACACGACCGCGCCCUUCGACCCGGCCGGCGUGGCGGGCAAGACGAUACUGAUAACGGGCGGCGCGUCCGGGAUUGGGGCGGCCUUCGCGCGGGCCUGGGCCGCGCACGGCGCCAACAUGGUGGUCGGCGACGUCGACGAGGCCGCGGGCCAGGAGCUGGUGGCCGAGCUGCGUACGUCGACGGGGUCGCCGCACCACCACUUCCAGUUCACCGACGUCACCAACUGGCAGAGCCAGGUGUCGCUGUUCCAGACGGCCGCCCGCCUGAGCCCGACAGGCGGCAUCGACGCCGUGGUGCCCAACGCGGGGAUCGCGCACGGCGGCGGUCCGCCCACGGCGGGGUUCGAGAACCCGCAGGGGCUGGACGGGAACAACCCGCCCGAGCCCAAGUUCAAGGUCGUGGACGUCAACCUGACGGGGGUCAUGUACACGGUCCACCUGGCGCUGUUCUGGCUGCCGCGGAACACCACGCCGCCCGACAAGUUGAGCGCCGACGGCAAGGCCGGCUGGCCGUUCAGGGACCGACACAUCCUCCUGAUCGGGUCCAUAGCCGGCAUCAUGCCGCUCAUGGGGUCGGCGGACUACACCGUGUCAAAACACGGCGUCACGGCGCUGUUCAGGUGUCUGCGCGGCACGGCGCUGAAGCGGGGGAUACGCGUCAACAUGAUCUGCCCGUGCUUCAUCGACACCAACAUGCUGGCGAACCCCGUGAUGCUCGUCCUCGCCGGCGGCGGGCUGGGCGAGCUGCGGGAUGUCGUCGACGCGGGGACGCGGUUCAUGGCGGAUAGGAUGAUCGCCGGCCGCGCCGUGGUGAUCGGACCGAGGAUGAAGGUCGAAGACGGCGAAGACGGCGAGAUCCGGCUGGUCGGGAUACCUAGCCCAGGGGACGAGACGAAGGGUGUGUGGGAGUGCUAUGCUCAUGACUAUGAGCAUAUGGAGGCAUUCUUCUACAGAUAUACCCGCCUAUUAUAUGCUUUUGCAAUGGUCAGGGGCUGGCUUGGCUGGGCAAGGGAUGUGGUGUGGAUCAUAUUUCGUAGGAAGAAGUAAGGAUCGCCAGAGGAGG